ACCCCUGCAGAAAAAAAACAAGUCAAGCUUCCAGUUGAAAGUUUGAUUCUACCUAACCACCGACAUCGUCGCCCAUUCGCAUUCCAGAGCUCCCGUUUAAACAGCAAGACUCACCGAGGACAGAGACCUACAUAUCUAGUCAAUUCUCGAGAAGCGGUAAGGCAUCUAAGUUUCAAUUGGCUGCUCUAGCUAAGCUAUAUUGACAAUUUGUUUUGCCCCUCUUGAAUCGCGAUUUCACAAAUCGCAGAACUUCUUUUCGUCUGUGUCCCGUCCCGCCGCUUCCCCCCCGCCCCGUUUAGUCUCCGAUACAUAGCCAAUCGCCGCGAUUCCAGACCAAGACAUACACUCACACAUACAUACAAACACUCAUAUACACAACGUAACAAAUACGCAAUGGCGUCCUCGCCAUCACAACCACCACAACCGACGGCGUCGGCACCGCCACAGCCACAGCCACAAUCCCCCCCCGGGGCGAACCCUUUCGUCCACAACGUCGCGCUCGGCGUGACCCCCAUCGCCCUGCUCGCGCUGUUCCUGCCCCCGCGCCGGCUGGACCUGCGCGCCGCGAUCCUCGGCGGCGUCGCGCUGUGGGGCACGAACCAGCUCGUCGCCGACUACAGCGGCACCUCGUCGAUGCAGCGCAUGGCGCGCCGCAUCGGCUCCCUGUCCGGCGCCGAGCUGCCGGAGAAGGCCAAGGAAACCCAGGCUCGCCUGCGGGCCGAGCGCGCGCGACGGGCCGCCGCCACCGCUGCCGCCGCUCAGGAGGGUCUGCUGAUGGAGGACCAGAGGAGGAGGAGGAUGGCGGAGGAGGAGGAGGAGCGGAACAGGAGGAAGGAGAGGGGGCUGUUGGAAAAGGUGUGGAUGGGCGAUAGCGACGAGGACUGGAAGGCGAAGAGGGAUCAGCGGGAGAAGGAGGCGCUGAGCGAGGGCGGCGGCGGGUAUUGGGGUCUGAUUGUCGAUCAGGUAUCGGAGGUGUGGAGUCAGGGGGUGAAGAAGAAGGACGAGGAGGGGAAGGAGGAUAAGGAGGGACAGUCUAAGAAGCCUUGAUUCCGGGUAUGCGCAAAGGGAAUCUCCACCCUCCCAUGGGUUGGGAAGAGAGUUGGCGGGCUAGUUACCUGACUGUACGUUACGAGAGUUGCAUAUACAAACAAACAUAUAUGGGGGGGCAUGGACGACUGGAGUUAUUGCAGGUUUCAUGGGGGGUUGGAAGCAUGUACCUCCUAAGGCACAUAAAAUAGGUAUGGAUGAAUAACACGACGCAUCUCUGUUAAAAACUACAACAUGAAAUCAUCA